AUCAGUACCUGUGACAUUAAAACCUGAAAUUUCUGCGAGGAGACCCUGCAGACUCCGGCCGAGUGUUUGGCCCAGUUCUUCAGUUGCGGGGGAAAAACCGUCGAAGAUGCUGUAGCACUGUGCCGCUGUUGGCUAAUAAUGCUUCUGAUUUAUGCGAGAAAACGAGUUUUUUGAUUUGUUCCAACUCGUUGUCUAUCAUCUGUCAAUAAUGCACACGCAAGUCUGUACAUGCCCUCUAGCCCCGUUGCAUUCGGAAUUUUGAAGCUAUAGAAUCAGGCGAUAACUUGAUUUUUUUUGGGAACUCGGAUGUGGUCAGGAUCAACGUGGAAAUGAAGCGUCAAAUGCGAGGCGGUGGUGGUGGCGGCGGCGGCGCCGAGUCGGAAGGUGGCUCGCCCAGUCAGGAGUCCGGUGAGCUGGCGCCGACGUCGUCCACCGGCUCCAGUGGUGGCCGGGCCUACACCGUGUCGCAUCGACUGCGCACCGGGCCCAGUGUGGACGAGGAGCGCAGUCCGUUGUCGGGCGAGGAAUCUCCCGCUCCCAGUACAUCGCGUGGGCCGAAGAUCCCGGAGAAAAAGCCAAGCAUAAUCUCCGGCACGACAGACGCGUCACGGAAAGGUAAAGGAACGGUUACCGUCAAGCUUCCCACCGAAACAAAGCCCAAGCCACCGACCAAAGUCAAAAAGCAGCAGCCGGAUGUUGACGUGUCCAAAGAAAUAUCCAGAUGCAAGGAAGAAGGCGCGGAGCGGCUUGAUUUGAGUAAAUCCAAUGUGACUGUGGUUCCGGCGUCAAUUAAGGAGGUGACUCAGUUGACUGAACUGUACCUCUACGGGAACAAACUGCUCUCAUUACCCAAUGAGAUUGGCAAUCUGCGGAAUUUGCAAGUGUUGUUCUUAUACGAAAAUGCCCUCAGCACCUUACCACCUUCCAUGGAAAACAUGAAGCAGCUCAAGGUCUUGGAUCUGCGCCAUAAUAAGCUCCAAGAAAUUCCAGAUGUGAUCUAUCGCUUGACAUCUGUCACACAUUUAUAUUUGCGUUAUAACAAAAUCCGCUCUGUUAGCGAAGAAAUUAAAUGGUUAACGAAUUUGACGGUGCUGAGCCUGAGAGAAAAUAAGCUGAAAAUAUUCCCCCAGGAGUGUGCGUGUCUCGUUAAUCUGACCAAGUUAGACCUCUCAUACAAUCAACUUGAGCAAAUACCAUCCGAAGUGGGCAGUUUAGUUCAGUUGACUGCGCUGGAUCUGCAGCAUAAUGAGCUGUUAAGCAUUCCUGAUAGUAUUGGAAAUCUGCGAUCUCUCGAGCAGUUAGGACUUAGAUACAAUCGCUUAACUUCCAUCCCGGAAACCAUAAGAGAAUGCGGAAAUUUGGAAGAAUGGAACAUCGAGGCCAAUAAUAUCAUAGUGCUUCCACAGACUUUACUGGCCAAUCUGACGAAGCUCCGUACUGUUAAUUUAUCGCGAAAUAAAUUCACAGAUUUUCCUGGUGGCGGGCCGGCCCAAUUUUGUUCAGUGCAGACCGUGAUAAUGGAACACAAUCAGAUAACGAAGAUUCCUUUUGGAAUUUUCUCGUGCGCACCGUACCUUACUAAAUUAAAUAUGAAAGAAAAUCAGCUAAGGAGCCUACCACUAGAUAUUGGAACAUGGAGCAAUGUAGUGGAGCUUAAUUUUGGCACGAAUCAGCUGACUAUACUUCCGGAAGAUAUUGGCUUACUGGUCAACUUAGAGGCGCUUAUACUGAGCAAUAAUGCCUUGCCGUUUCUUCCCACGUCGAUCGGCAAUCUUGCUAAACUAAGGGUUUUGGAUUUGGAAGAAAACCGCCUGGAGCAGCUACCUGUUGAGAUCGGCCAGUUAAGGGAAUUAGAAAGACUAGUUGUGCAGUCCAACCGGUUGAAUUCCUUACCACGCGCUAUAGGAUAUCUGUCGAAUCUUAAAUAUAUCAGCGCAGGGGAAAAUUUGCUCAGCACUCUUCCAUCGGAAAUAGGUUACCUAGAAAAAUUGGAAAAUAUUUACUUGAACGACAAUCCUUUUCUUCACGGGCUGCCUUUUGAACUGGCUCAGUGCAGCAAUCUUCAGAUUAUGAGCAUUGAAAAUUGUCCACUGACUCAAAUACCCCCUGAAAUUGUUGCAGGCGGACCUUCGCUAGUCAUACAGUAUUUAAGAUACCAAGGGCCUUCUUCGCAGCCGAUAUAGAUUUCGCAUGGUUUAUGUUGGUUUAGUUUUUUCCUGCCAACUUUGCUGCCAAACUGUUCCCGGUAACUUUCGUAUCUUUCACGGAGCAUCUAUAAAUUUAAUUCUUUUUUAGAUGUCCUUUUCAGUUUUCAUUUCAAUAAGACGACUUUGUAAAGCUUCGAUGGUUUCGACUUCUUGUAUUUUAAUUUGUUAUGGAGUUUAAAAUUUUUUAUUCUUUAUGUUAGUAGCAGAACGGUUUGUUUAGGUAAUGCGCACUGUGCACUUUGAAUUGAAGAUCAAUCAAUUAAAACAACGUUGAACGUGU